AUGCUUUUAGGGGACCUCGGUGCUGAAGUAAUAAAAGUUGAGAAUCCACUUUAUGGAGACGAUACACGUACUUGGGGGCCUCCUUGGGCGCAAAAUAAAGAUCCGACAGACAACACCACUCCCGAGAGUGCAUAUUUUCUUGCUAUAAACCGUAAUAAAAAAUCCAUAACCGUAAAUUUCAAAUCGGCCGAUGGGAUAGAGUUGAUAAAAAAAAUCGCGGCAAAAAGUGAUGUGUUGGUGGAAAAUUAUAUACCAGGGAAAUUAGAGGAAUUAGGGCUGGGAUGGAAAGAAUUGAGCAGAAUUAACCCAAGAUUGAUUUACACCUCUAUUACUGGAUAUGGACAUACCGGACCUUAUGCCCAACGACCCGGUUACGAUGUUAUGGUAGAAGCUGAAGGGGGAUUAAUGUAUAUUACGGGUGAAGAAAAAGGCAGGCCAGUAAAAGUAGGCGUUGCAAUUACUGAUUUGACAACUGGAUUAUAUGCUCACAGUGCGAUAAUUGCGUCCCUAUUCGCACGAACACGUACAAACAAGGGUGAAUUCAUUGACUGCGCACUACUUGACUGCCAAACAGCUUCUCUGGCCAAUAUUGCAAGCAAUUAUCUGAUCAGCGGACAAGAAGCCAAACGUAUGGGCACCGCACACCCAUCUAUUGUCCCCUAUCAAGUGCUAACCACCAAAAACGGGUAUUUGAUGAUCGGUGCCGGUAAUCAGCGACAAUUCAAGAUACUGUGCAUGUCAAUAGGAAUGCCCGAGUUAUUUGAUGAUGCGAGGUUCCGGUCUAAUCCCGAUCGUGUACAGAAUCGUGAUGAGUUGAUUGCUAUUUUGGAGGAAAGGUUUAGGCAAGAAAGUACGGAAUAUUGGCUGAAAGUAUUGGAGGAUAAGGAGAUUCCAUUUGCCCCUAUUAAUAACAUCGAACAGUCGUUUAAGCAUCCGCAGGUUAUUGCUAGAGAAAUGAUUCAGAAGGUGGAGCAUCCAAAAGCUGGCGUUGUACAGUUGAACAAACCGAGUAUUAGAUUGCCACCACCAACUCUCGGACAGCACACCAAGCAAAUUUUAACUGAAUUAUUAGAAUAUUCUGAUCAAGAAAUAGAAAUUUUGAAGGCAAAAAAUAAUAUUGUUGAUUUUUCAAAUCAUACUUGUCGAGUGUUGGUGGUGGAGGAGUUGGUAUUUAUUUCGUGUGAUGGUGUCGUUGUACUGAUUGAUGGUUCAGUUAACAAUAACCACGGCUUUUCUAGUUUUACUAAACGACCUUCACAGCGAUAUGCGCCAAAAUAUAAAAUUGGCGAACUUACUUCUCCUUCGAAUUUCAAAUCUCCUACGACAAAUUUCUCAUUCUUCUUUUGUAUAUUCUCUUCAAAGUUCAUUAGUUCACCUUGCAAUUCUAUUAGCACAACUUCCUCCCCCUCAUUUACAGUAGUAAUGGUUGAGGUCGUCGUAGUUGCGUCUAUACCUAAACUAAGGUUUUCAAGUUCCCGAGGUGGGGUAGCUGGGUUAUUCUGGCAUUUGAUAACAAUCGAAAGCACCUACUGGUUAAGUGAUUAUGAAUUUAUACAAAUUGGGGAAGGAAAAGAAUUCCGUAAAUCCAUUAAAAUAAUCAAAACUCCUUUUCACAAUUUCGAUAUCAGAGACGCAUUAAAAAUUAAAAUGGUGAGAUACUCGACUACCCCACAAAAUAGUGACAAAUCCGCCAAAACUCGUGGAGCCUAUCUGCGUGUACACUUCAAGAAUACACGUGAAGCUGCCAAAUCGAUUUCCGGCAGAAAAUUACUUAACGCUAUAAAGUAUCUUGAGGAUGUGAAAGCUCAUAAACAAGCUGUGCCGUUUAGACGCUUCAAUGGUGGUGUUGGUCGAUGUGCUCAGGCUAAGGCUUUUGGAGCCACUCAAGAUGAGAUAGGUCGUUGGCCGGAAAAGAGUGCCGACUUCUUAUUGGGCCUAUUGAAAAAUGCUCAGAGUAAUGCUGAGCUUAAACAUUUGGAUGUGGAGAAUUUAGUUAUAAGUCAUAUUCAAGUCAAUCGAGCACCAAAACAAAGAAGAAGAACUUAUCGCGCUCAUGGUCGUAUUAACCCGUACAUGAGCAGUCCAUGUCACAUUGAAAUUAUUGUCUCAGAAGAAGAGACAAAAGUGAAACGUGAGGACGACUCUAAGAAAGUGCAACGUCUCAAUCGUAGACAAGUUGCACGACAAAGAUUAAUUGAUUCUCAUAGUGCAAAUUAA